GGCCACUGCAGCAUUGCCACCAAACCCAUUGAGAAGAGAGAAUGGCGGGGGGAAGGAAAGGACUUGUUGCCCCUCAAAACACUUUUCUGGAAAAUAUUGUCCGGCGAUCCAAUGACACAAAUUUUGUACUUGGGAAUGCCCAAAUAGUAGACUGGCCUAUUGUGUACAGCAAUGAUGGAUUCUGCAAAUUAUCUGGAUAUCAUCGAGCAGAAGUUAUGCAGAAGAGUAGCACUUGCAGCUUCAUGUUUGGGGAAUUAACAGACAAAGAAACAACUGAGAAAGUACAACAGACAUUUGAAAACUAUGAGAUAAACUCUUUUGAAAUCCUCAUGUAUAAAAAGAACAGGACACCAGUUUGGUUCUUUGUGAAGAUUGCUCCUAUUCGGAAUGAACAAGAUAAGGUGGUGUUAUUUCUUUGCACCUUCAGUGAUAUCACAGCUUUCAAACAACCCAUUGAAGAUGAUUCAUCCAAAGGCUGGGGUAAAUUUGCUCGUCUGACAAGGGCACUCACGAGCAGCAGAGGUGUUUUACAGCAACUUGCUCCGACUGUGCAUAAAGGAGAAAGUGUACACAAGCAUUCACGGCUGGCUGAGGUUUUACAGCUUGGUUCUGAGAUUCUUCCACAGUACAAACAAGAAGCACCAAAGACUCCACCCCAUAUCAUUCUGCAUUACUGUGCAUUCAAAACUUCCUGGGACUGGAUUAUCCUGAUCCUGACCUUCUACACUGCAAUCAUGGUUCCAUACAAUGUCUCCUUCAAGACCAAACAAAACAAUGUGACUUGGUUGGUGGUUGACAGCAUAGUCGAUGUAAUCUUUUUGGUAGACAUUGUCCUCAAUUUUCAUACCACUUUUGUUGGGCCAGCAGGGGAAGUAAUUUCAGACCCAAAACUCAUCCGCAUGAAUUACUUGAAGACUUGGUUUGUUAUAGAUCUCCUCUCCUGUUUGCCAUAUGAUGUUAUCAACGCCUUUGAGAAUGUUGAUGAGGGCAUCAGCAGUCUCUUCAGCUCCCUGAAAGUUGUGAGACUUCUUCGUCUAGGACGAGUGGCACGAAAGUUGGACCAUUACAUUGAAUAUGGAGCAGCUGUGCUAGUGCUUCUUGUGUGUGUUUUUGGACUUGCAGCUCAUUGGUUGGCUUGUAUCUGGUACAGCAUUGGGGAUUAUGAAGUGAUCGAUGAAGAAUUAAACAGAAUCAGAACUGAUAGUUGGCUGUAUCAGUUGGGAGAAACUGUAGGAAUGCCGUAUCAUUUUAAUACAAGUGGAACAGAAAAGUGGGAAGGUGGACCAAGUAAAGACUCUGUGUACAUUGCCUCACUCUACUUCACAAUGACCAGCCUCACCAGUAUUGGGUUCGGUAACAUUGCUCCAACAACUGAUGGCGAGAAGAUUUUUGCAGUGGCUAUGAUGAUGAUUGGUUCUCUCUUGUAUGCAACCAUAUUUGGUAAUGUGACAACUAUCUUCCAACAAAUGUAUGCUAACAGCAACAGAUAUCACGAGAUGUUGAACUGUGUCCGAGACUUUUUGAAGCUUUAUCAGGUGCCCAAAGGCUUGAGUGAACGUGUCAUGGACUACAUUGUUUCUACUUGGUCGAUGUCUAAAGGAAUUGAUACUGAAAAGGUUCUAGAAAUCUGUCCUAAGGAUAUGCGUGCAGACAUUUGUGUUCACUUAAAUCGUAAAGUCUUCAAAGAGCAUCCAGCUUUUAGACUCGCAAGUGAUGGCUGUUUACGAGCUCUGGCAAUGGAGUUUCAGACCAUUCAUAGUGCUCCAGGAGAUUUAAUUUAUCAUGCAGGCGAAAGUGUUGACAGCCUCUGCUUUGUGGUUUCUGGGUCCUUGGAAGUAAUUCAAGAUGAUGAAGUUGUUGCUAUCCUAGGGAAAGGAGAUGUCUUUGGAGAUGUUUUCUGGAAGGAAAAUACCCUUGCUCAAUCAUGUGUCAAUGUCAGAGCCCUGACAUAUUGUGAUCUUCAUGUUAUCAAAAGAGAUGCCUUGCAGAAAGUUCUGGAAUUCUAUACGGCCUUUGCAAACUCCUUUUCAAGGAACCUUAUCCUAACAUAUAAUCUUAGGAAAAGGGUAAGAUUUCCUUUCUUUAUAAACAAGCUUCCUUUCCUUAAUGGAUUUUUAACUGCCUUUUCAAAAGGAGUAACUUUUGUGCUAUCUACACCCAGAAAGUAAUUUCAUCUUUCUUUUGUAUUUUCGUAAAUAGUUUUGAGUGGGUUGAUUUGCCCUUCAGCUUUCUGAUGCCAGCAGCAUUCACUACUGGCCUAUAUUACACCCACAGAUUUUGUGAUGUUAACACUUGCUGAAGAAACAUAAGAGUUAGAAUUAAACUUGUUACUAUACCCAAAAUUUUAAGAUUUACUGUUUUGAUACAACUUGAAGGGAAAAAAUUUGUUUCUGUGGUAUCAAGAAUUAUUAUUAUACAGUUAACCAAAUUGCAUUUGGCCCAUGUGACUGAUCUGAUAUUCAGUUUAUUUGGCAAGUAAGAUGUGUAUUACACUGGUUUUAACUGCAUAAAUAUAAUGGAAUAAGAUGAAAUUUGUAUUUGUUUUUCUUCAGUUUGUAUUUUUUUAAAUGGAACUAAGAUGAUGCAGUGUUCAAAAUUUGGAAUGAAUACAAAUAAUUGAAUUUAACACGCAUAGACAUAUUAGUAUAUGGCAAAAAAAAGUUUGUAUUUCCACCCAAAACCCUUCCUCAGAACUGUAUUCGCUGUGCAGAUCAUUUACAACUGA